AAGAUUGAAUUAAGACUACCAUCCAUCCCCAUCCCCAUCAGCCUUACUUAAUUCCUGUCUUCAACCUCAGAGAUAUUAUAACGAAUUCUGAAGAUAUUCACCCUUUUUUUGAAUAUUGUUUUACGAGACUUCUGCAAGUUUAUUAACCUUUCUUCAAACAAAUAAUAGGUAGUUGCAGCACAGCACUAUGGCACCCAAAACUGACAUCCCCGAUUUCAAUGGAUUCAUUAACAAAGGUGAGCAAUCUCAGUCUGAGUACUUGAUAAUUUGAUAUAUUGUGAACGACUGACCAUCUCACUAGGACGUGAGCGCCGUAAGGAUGAGCUUCUAGCCAAUAAAUUCUUGGGCAAGAAUCGUCGGGCGAGUGCGCCAGGAGCAACAAACAAUCGCAAGCCGGGCACCGGUCCCUCACUUGCCAGCAGAAUGGGCGUUGCAAAGGUAUGAAGUCACCGGCAGGUGUCUACAAAUCGUGCAUCUAACAAUGAAUAGCGUGGCCCAGCUGUGUCCAAACCUGCACCUAGGCAAAACUCCACACUCGCUGGCGGAAACGUUAAUGCGGAAUGGACACAUGAUUUACACUCCUUAAAUAAUCCAGGCGCUCCUCGAGCCUCCCAAGUCCCUCCCCGUGGCCCAAGAAACAUCAAUUUGCGAACGCGCAACGAUCGACUUGUGAAAGCUUUGAAUGGUUCUGCAUCAACACCAAACUUGAACGCUCAAUAUAAUAUCGUUGGGAAGUCGAAGCCGGCUACUGGAAGCUUGUCUAUCAAGGGACUUGCGGGGCCAUAUAUUGUGAUGGCAGAGAACUUCGCGCGAGGCACUUCUGUGCAAGAUAUCGAGACAGCCAUGACACCAGUUGGCGGAACUCCAUUGAGCUGUCGCAUUAUUUCUGACUAUCCAAGAGUCGUUGCAGAAAUCAUUUUUGAUACAAAGGAUGGGGCUGACAAUGUUAUUGAUACAUUCAACAAUCAAGAGGUAUUUGGAGAAAGGAUAUUAAUGUAUUUUUGGCAUUACUGACGAGGCCAUAACAGGCGGACGGUAACUUACUGUACGUUUACAGCAAGACUGGAGCUAUUACGCAUAUACCCAAACUCUCCAACCAACGUGCCGCAGCUCGAUUGAGCGUCCCUACUGGCCCAAAGGCUAGCCGUGUCGAACGUGGUUCAGGAUCCGACAGUUACGAUUCACGAUACGACAGUUCGCGAAGUUCCCGGGAGGAUAUUAUUGAUGGCUCGUACGGAUUUGACGAUCGAAUGGAUACCGAUGAUCGGGAUGGUGGCAGUCGUAAUAACAAUGGCAGAACCCAAGGUCUCUACAGUGACAAUCUUGUAGGAGGACGUACCAACAACAGCAAUAAUCGCAAUGGCAACAACUGGACUACUGGGCGAGGAAAUGAUAGAAAUCGCAACUACAGAUGAUCAUGAGAUAUGCGGUUUAGAAUUAACUUUUCUCGUUUCCGGACUGUUAAAAAUCACGGGAAUGUUAUGAAUAUCUCAUUUUGAGAUUUUAUGAUGUAAGACAGCAUUCACAGGAUUGCAUAAUGAGCAGCGAUCCGGAAGUUAGAUACAUAAAGGCAUUCGCGAUGCCAUUGUAUCAAGGGUUUUUCAUGUCUACAUGGAGUUCUGGGGGAUAGGACUAAAGCCACAAUACCUUGGGUUACCUUGCGGUUAAAUACACCCGUGUAUAAUACCAAAUACCAAAUAAAGCAUGUUUCCUAUGAUAUCCAGCUGUCAUCAAGUUG